GCUGUAGAGGAAGUAUAGAAACGUUUCUCUUUAGUUUGUAAUUAGACGAUCAAGUUCUUCGUUUUCAUUCGAGAGAGAGAGAGGGACAAUUUUAGUUUGAAGAGACAGAGAUGGCAUCAGUGGUGAGGGCUGCAAUGAAAGCUAUCAAAGAGAAGGGUCUCAGGAACUUUUUCAGAGAACUCAAGGAAGAAGGCUAUUUGAGAUGCCUUCCUGAUGGAAACCUUCUGCAAACCAAAAUACAUAAUAUAGGUGCCACACUAGUUGGAGUCGACAAGUUUGGAAACAAAUACUACGAGAGAUUGGAAGACACUCAAUUUGGAAGACAUAGGUGGGUUGAAUAUGGGGACAAAGGUUGCUACAAUGCUUCUCAGGUUCCCCCAGAAUGGCAUGGUUGGCUCCAUUUCAUUACUGAUCACACUGGUGAUGAACUUUUGAUGCUGAAACCAAAGAGAUACGGUGUGGAGCAUAGGGAGAAUUUCUCAGGAGAGGGUGAUGAGUACAUAUAUCAUUCCAAGGGCCACUCUCUCAAUCCUGGCCAGAAAGACUGGACCAGGUACCAGCCAUGGCAGCCCACCAAAGCUUAAAGUCACCAUGUCAGCCCCUCUUGUUCCUCCCUUACUUCUACAGAUUGUAUUUCAUUUGUGCUCUCAGAAAGAGAGAGAGAGAGAGUUCUGAAAUUGUAUGCUUGUGGUGUUGGUUGUGCUUUUGGAAUUGCUUUUAGAAGUCUGACUUCCAGUGGAUAAAUUGUGAAUAAUGUAGUCAAUAAUAGCUAAGGUGAUAUUUGUGAUUGUCUC